CGACCGUCCACCAGGAGGAGAGCCCCUGUGAGGCCGAGGGCACCCCUGAAGAGGAGACCUGCCCGUGGGUCCCCAUCUGUCACCCCUGCCCUCGCUGCUCUCAGCUGCCCGACACCACUCACCGUGCCUCCCGUUCAGAUGCGUGACCUCCACCACACUGAAGCCGACUUUCACGACCCAAGAGAGGCUGAGGAUUCCGAGGAUGAGCAGGACAUUUGGGUUGAGGAGGAGGAGGGCGCAUCCCCGUUGUCUCCCUCCUCCUCCUCCUCCUCCUCCUCCUUCUCCUCCUCGUCUUCCUACUCAGUCCUGUUCCUGGGCAGUGGCGAGGAGGUGGCUGAUUCUGGGACACCCAGUCCCGCGCAGAGCCCUCAGGGUGUCUGCCCCUCCCCCACAGCCGUGGCAGCCCCUCCCUGGAGCCAGUCGGAAGACAAUGGCCUCAGAAGCCAAGGUGAGGAGGGGCCCAGCACCGGGCAGGACCCGGCAGAUGCCGAGUCCCGGCUCCACGAUGCAUUACAUUUGAUGAUGGUUGACCUGAUGGGCUUCCUGCUCCACAAGUACCGCACAAAGCAGCCGACCUCAAAAGAGGAAAUGCUGAAUGCGGUCCUCAGAGAUGACCAGGACCACUUCCCUGCGGUCUUGAGCCAAGCCUCUGAGUGUCUGCAGCUGGUCUUUGGGGUGGAUGUGAAGGAGGUGGACCCCAGGGAGCACUUGUAUGUCCUGGUCCCCACCCUGGGCCUCACCUACGAUGGCAUGCAGGACGAUGGGCAGAGCAUUCCCAAGACUGGCCUCCUGCUGAUACUUCUGGGUGUGAUUGUCCUGGAGGGCGACUUUGCUCCUGAGGAGGCAGUCUGGGGAGCACUUAGCAAGAUGGGGCUGUGUGCUGGGAGGGAGCACUUCAUCUAUGGGGAGCCCAGGGAGCUCAUCACCAACGUGUGGGUGCGGGAGGGGUACGUGGAGUACCGGCAGGUGGCCAACAGCGAUCCCGCUCGCCACGAGUUCCUGUGGGGUCCCCGGGCCUACACGGAGACCAGCAAGCUGCAAGUCCUGGAACAUUUCCUCAGGAUCAAUAGAAGGGGUCCCAGUUCUUUCCCGUCCCUGUCUGAAGAGCGAGUGAGUGAUGAGGAAGAGGGGGCCUGAGCCAGACUUGCAGCUGGGCUCCUUCUAGGCCCCUGUCCGGCAGCUUCUCCUGCCGGGCAGGAAGUGAGGCUGACUCUUCACUGUGUGUCUGAGGAGGAAGCAGUCAGCCUCCUAGGUAGUGAGGGCCCGGGCCAGUGGGGGGGACACGGUGUACAGCAUCUCUGGGCUCCUGUUCUCUACAAUGAUAUGGAAGUUCAUCUUCAUUUCCUUUAGUGAUGUUUCAGAUGUUAUUCGU